GACGAAAUCGAACAAACGAUUAAACAAUUGAUUUGCGAUCAAGAAGCGCCAAGUGUAGGCAUGGGACUUAUUUCUAACGGGUGUGUCUAAGAUCUGCAUGCCUAGAAACGAAGAGAAAAAUCAAAGGAAAAUAACUAUUUCUGUUCGUUGGAUCUACAUUGUGGAGCCCUGCCUUCACCAGGAACGACGGUUCAUGUUAGGCUAAUUAACUGAAUAAAACGUCUCUAUUUACAGUGAUUUCAUAAAUUCUUGUCAAGUCUGGAGGGGAAGGGGCGGGCACGUUUAGCAAGUGUUCAACAUGGAGGUGAGAGCAGACUUCUCAGCGCUUGUGACGGACAACUUAUAAACGGACUUGACCUUGAUCCACAUGCGAGAGUAAGUGCACCAGUAGGACUCUACAACAGUGUCAGUAAUUGGACGAGAAACAAUUAUCCAGUACUUGAAAAAACUUACGAAGUGGAGGCUUCCAUGACUCCGGGCCUUGGUCGCCCUUGGCCUGGUUGACCUGUUGAUUGACUUGUUAACACGAUACAUUUCACAAACUAGGCAGUAGUUAUGAAAGCCACUUACGUUGUCAGUGACAGCAAUGAGCUGAGGGUUGCUAAGAUCGUUGGCAAAGGACUGUCGCUGGGAGGUGGUCCAGGAAGCAGCACCAGACUUCCAAGCGUUGCUCAAUGGGACAACGUGGUCGAUGUCAACAUCGCUGGCAGCAGUCCAGGUAGCACCAUCGUAGGGGCUGAACCAAGAGCCAGAGAUAGCAGCACAGCUGCCGUCAACCUGAACGUUGGUACCGUCACGGCGAAGGACGGUUUCACGGGUGUUGCAAGUGCCGGAGAUGGUGAUCCAGUGGGGGAACUUAUCACGGCUGUAACCGUCCUGGGGGCCUUGGGGGCGGACAGUAAGGCCGGAAAGGAGAGACUGGGCAGUAGAGGCAGAUGGGAUGUUUGGUGGAGUUGGGACAGGAGCUGGAGUGGCCAGGACGGUCACAGCAGAGAGGACGGCGAGAAAAGUGUACUUCAUAUUGGCUGUUUCACUAUGUAGAUGGUAUCGGAAGGAGGAAAAUAAGGAGGGUGUUGGUGGUGAUAGAGGACAUAUUCCUCGCAAAGGGAGGAUGAUCGGCCUCUUAUAUAUAGAUACACUCUGGAUAUAUAGAUAGACAUGCAUCUGGCAUUAUUAUGUGAUAUGAUGCAUGUUUAACAGACGUACACGUCCACAGCAUAAGCAAUCCCGCCGAAGAGCCCACCAUGAGCAGCCUUCAUUUAACCACGGUGGAGUAUAGAACACGUUCAUCUCGUAUAACGAGAAGAAUUGUCAGCGUUGCUCAGGCCAAACCACCAGGAGGAACAGGCUGGCAAAAACAGGCGUCCUUGAACAGCUGGGAGGGAAAAAGAAAGGAAGACUCUGGAUGCUGGAGAUCAGCGAAUCUUGCCGCUGCAUGGACAUCACAGGUUAUCUUUCAGUGAAUCCAUUGGGCUGAUAGUCGGACCAUCUUUGUCCAGAUAUGGACUUUCCUAAGCUCUGACAGAGUCUGCAGCUUCUUGCUUCUUCUUCUUGCAUACCUUACUGCUAGGUACAGGAGAUCGAUGCAGGUUUCCUCAACCUGUUGACCACUUGACCCCGAGACGAUGGGACCAGCUUCAUCUGCCCUG